AUGAUAGCAAUAUUGGUACAAAUAGUAGAAAGCGAAAAACUUACUUCAGUUGUAUGGAAUCACUUUGAGAAGGUGAAUGUUAACGGUGAGGAUAAGGCAGAGUGUCGUUAUUGCAAGAAAAAAUUAGGAGCAAAUAAUAUACGUCAACAAGUGAUUGGGAUGGGGCAAAAAACAACGGAUGGACAAACAAAUCUAUCAUGCUUAAAUUUUGACCCCGAAAAAUCAAGAAAAGAUAUUGCAGAGAUGGUAAUAGUGCAUGAAUAUCCACUUGUAAUGGUGGAACAUCAUGGGUUUCGAAAGUUUAUGGUUGGUCUUCAACCUUUAUUUAAGGUUCCAUCUAGGAAUACCUUAAAAAAUGACAUUCUCAAGAUUUAUGACUUCGAGAAAGAAAAAACAAUGCGUCUAUUGGAGAAGAUUCGAAGCAAGAUUGCCAUUACGACAGAUAUGUGGACAUCAAGUAAUCAAAAAAAAGGUUUCAUGUCAAUCACAUCGCAUUUGAUCGAUGAUAACUGGGAGAUGCAAAGCCGAAUAAUGAGGUUUAUAUACGUGCCUUGUCCUCAUACUGCUGAAGUUCUUGCUGAUGUGUUGUAUGAAUCUCUAUGUGAUUGGAACAUUGAUAGAAAAAUAUCAACAGUUACAGUUGAUAAUUGUAGCACAAAUGAUCUGAUGAUUCAUUUAUUAUUAGACAAGUUGUCUUUGAACUCGUUGAUUUUAGGAGGAGAGUUAUUUCAUAUGAGAUGUUGUGCACACAUAUUGAACUUGAUAGUUCAAGAUGGUUUAUCUGUUAUUGGGGAUGGAAUUGAGAGAAUUAGGGAUAGUGUUUAUUUUUGGAGUGCAACACAAAAAAGAAUAGAAAAGUUUGAAGAAGCGGCUCGUCACUUGGCAAUUGAUUGCUCAAAGAAAUUGUCUCUUGAUUGUAAAACACGUUGGAACUCGACAUAUUUGAUGUUGAGUGUUGCUAUAGUGUACAAGGAUGUUUUCAAAUGUUUAAAGCAACGAGAAACACAAUAUAGAAGUUUACCUACAGAUAGAGAUUGGGAGUUAGCUUCAAGUAUUUGUGGAAAAUUGCAACUCUUUUAUAAGGUGACUUUGAUGUUUUCGGGUACCAGGAAUCCUACAGCUAAUGUAUUUUUCCCAUCCAUAUGUGAGAUAAGAAUUGCAUUAAGUAGGUGGAGUGAAGAUCGAGAUGAAUUGAUAAAAGCAAUGGGGGAGAGGAUGCUUGUUAAGUUUGAUAAAUACUGGUCAGUUAUACAUGGAGUUAUGGGAGUUGCAGUUGUAUUAGAUCCAAGAUACAAGUUCAAAAUGAUGGAGUAUGCUUUCCCGAAGAUUUAUGGUUUUGAAAAGUCUGAUGUUGAAAUUGUAAAACUAAAGGAGCUUGUGUCUCGUUUGUUUCAAGAUUAUGAAACGUGUAGUUAUGAAAGUUCACAGAAUCGAGAUGUUGAUUCAAGUCGCAACACUAGUGACAUGGAGGUGGAGGGGGGUAUCACGUCGGAGCUUGAUCAUUAUCUUCAAGAAAAAGUAAGGACACAAAAUUCGGAGCUUGAUAUUUUGUCUUGGUGGAAAACAAAUGGUUUCAAGUAUCCAACAUUACAAAAAAUUGCCCGAGACAUAUUAGCAAUUCCAAUAUCCACUGUUGCGUCUGAGUCUGCCUUUAGUACAAGUGGUAGAUUGCAACUUGUUCACAAGAGUCCGAAGCAUAUUGUAAAAGCAUCGAAUAUGACCGUGAUGAUACUGACGAGCAAUUGGGGGUCACAAUUGUUUGAUGACGGUGGUGGUGUCGUUGACGUGACUUGGAAGUUGGAACUUUGGAAGAAUGAUUUCGUUUAUGAAAGUUGA